GUUGCUAACAACUCAAAUAGUCAAGAGAAAUUCUACCGAGAGAAGGCUCCGGAUUAUCACGUUUUUUAAACAGAGUGCAGUAUAAACAUGUCCAGAGGAAGAGCAACCAAAAGUGCCCAUUCACACAGUAGUGAUGUAGAUGUUGAUGGUACAGAAUUAGAGAACGCCAAGCUGCUGAGACAGUACCGGAUCAUGGAUGCAGACCGGCAGGCCUACAGCAUUCAGGCCCAGCAGCAAAUGCGCAAGCAACAGCAGGAGAUAGAGAAGCUGAGCGCUGAGCAGGAGGAGCUGCAACGUAAGCUCGGUGCUUGUAAGAGCUUGUCUCGUCAAAAGAAAGACAAAAAGGACGCAGAGAGCCUUCAAGCGCUGCUGGAGCAGAGACACCGCCUGGAGGAGGAGUUUGAGAAGGAAAGGCAGCAUCAGAAAGAGCUGCAGGAAGAGAUCUCAAACAUGGAGGUGAAGCUGAAAGAGCUGAGGAAAGGGAACGCCAGCACGAGUGACACCCAAAGGUCAGUGCACAGGCGGAAUCAGGAGGCCGUAGGCACACUGGAGAACAAACUGCAAAGAGCCUUAACCCAAUUCGGUGAGCAGCUGAGCAAGAACGGCCAUAUCCGGAAGGAGCUGCAGACUCUUCAUAUUGAGCGCAUUCGUUUCCAGCAGCUACACGACAGAUUGGUCCAGGAGCUCCAAGAUGUCAGGAAGAAGAUUGGUGAAGCAAUCACUCUGUCAACUACAGCCCACGAUGCAAGGGUGGAGGCUCAGUCAAAAUUGGCGAUGAUGCGAGAGAAAGCGGAGAAGGACCUCACCCAGUACAACACAGAGAUGAGGGAGCUGGAGAGGGUCAUUUCACAUGAGUGCAGCCUCAAAGACUUCAUCACCACCAAAUACAGCGAGAAGACGGGCCAGGAAGGGACAGAGCGUGUGUCAAAUUUGAGGGAGUUUGAGAAGAAAGACUCGCGUGAGGAGUCGCCGGACAAUUUAGAGGCGUUUUUCCAGAAGAUUCAGUCUGUGACGGGAGAGGAAGACCCAGAAUUGCUGGUCAGCAGGUUCAUCCAAGCUGAAGACCGUAACUUUGCACUCUUCAAUUUUGUAAAUGAGCAAAACAAUGAAGCUGAGGUGCUGCAGAAUCAAAUCAGCCAGAUCCAGAAAGAGAUGGAGCACUUUAAAGUGAGAGCUUCGCGACAGGAGGAGCGCCAUCGCGCUUCGCUGAGAGACAUCAGUGCACGGCAGAAGGACGCCGAAUUGCAAACUGAGGAUUUUGAAACCCGUGCCGCCAUCAUAAGCAAAGUCCUGGAGGAGGUUAAAAUAGGAGUGACCAGCGUUGUCUCGAAUGUGGAGUGUGACAUGGAGGACUCCAUCAGUGACAAUAACAUUAUGCCCUUCUUGAGUGUGGUGGAGCAGAAGACCAACCAGCUCCUCAGCAUACAAGCUUUCCUUGAUAAAAAGCAAAGUGGCAAGGACUACAAUCCAUCCAAUCUGCCCAAAUUCAUUUUUGGCGAAAACACAGAGAUAUUCCCGGAGAAUAUUAUCUUCCAACCUUCAGUCCAGAGUGUCAGCUAUGACGUUGACGAAUUGCUUGUCGCGGAUGAGGAAGAGCGGCCUCUCUCGCAGGGAGAACUCCGCAGAAGAAUAUUGGAAGGGAUUAUGCAAAGAGAAAAAAGGCUUAAAGUUGGCAACAAAAACAAAAUGAGCCCAUUUGUUCUGGAGGAAACAGAAAUGGCACAGAUACCUUUAUGA